UGCUUUCAGGUGAUAGGUGCGGAUGGGCAAAUCGUAUCUGAGAAAACUACGCCCGGCUACGCGUGUCCCGAGUGUGGGUCAUGUUUUAACACUAAGGAGGCGCUCUCGCUUCACGUGCGCUUGCACGCGGGCGACCGCACGUGCGUGACGGACCUGUGCGCGCUGACGGCCGCGCUUCAGCCCGGACUGGUCGCCGCGGCGCAGCAGGCUACGCAGACUCAACCCAUUCAAAUAAUAUCUUCCAAUCCCAGUAAUGUUGUACAUACGCAAGUAAUAGCUACGAAUCACCACGUAGCCGCACCCCGGCCAAAGAUUCACUUUUGCGUCGACUGCGGUAAAGGUUUCGCGGCUAAACACGGCUUAUUAGCGCAUCAGAGGAG